ACUAAGUGCCUCCUCUCGGGCACCGUACAUUCGCGGAAGUUCUCCCAAAUAUUAACUCAGGAGAUUGUUGUGGCGGGUUUCUCUCAUUAAUCGCUACAGAAGUUGACUUUUUGAAUGAUCAUUAUUCCCUUUUAAUUCCAGAACUUUGAAGAUGGAGGACGAAUGGGAAGAGGAGGAGCAGCUUGUAGUGGUGGAGCUCUCUGGUAUAAUCAACAAUGACUUUCUCUCCAAGUGCCGGGGCACAUGCAAGAUACUGGAUAUUGACAGUGAGAAGCCCAUGAUGCAGGUUGGACAGUAUGUGUUUGCAGGUGAAUAUGAAGACGCUUUGGGAACUUGUGUGCUGUUCGAGGAGGGACCACAGACAGCAGACAGUGGUCCAGAGCUCAAGUACAUGUGCCACACUGUGAAGAAGCUAAUGAUGCAACGAAUCUUUCUCACUGAGAAAAAAGAGGGUGAAACCAGCACAGGUCAGCCAGCUUUUUGUGUAAUCCCAACAGGAGGCAGUGACGCUGAUGAGCAUGACACAACUUGUCAGUCUACUCAAGAAGAAAAUGAAAACCAACAGGGGGAAACAGAGGAAGAGAUGCACAACACAGAUAUAGGAGGCUCAGCAGUGGGUUGAGAGGUGGAGACUUUGCUACAUUAUGAGCUUGUUGUGCACAUGUAGAGGCACUAGCAUUUGUGAGGUUAUGUGGGACUCGAACUGUUCAAAGACAGUUGGAUUUACAGACAGUUACCAGGUGUGCAAAUUUAUCCAUCAGUCUUGUACAACGUGUCACAUUGCUUUUCCAGAAACAAACAAUUGUGCGUCCUCACUGAGCCUCGGAAUCAGGAUGAUUUGAUGUUUAACACACAACAUAAAAAUGGCUAAAUGACAAUGAAAACCGGCUUUCACAAUUCAGCAAUUCCUUUCAGAUCCACAUAAUAGGGGUCUCGGGAUGGGCAGUUACAGAACUGUGGUGGGAAGCUUCAGCUUAGUGAAAGGAAGUCCUGUCAUUGUGUCUCUGAUAUUGUCAAUUUAACCAGCAUAGAGGGAGAGAAACAGAACUGCAACUAUUCUGAUAAUUAAGACAUUUUGCAAGCAAAUGUGUCAGACAUUUAGUGUUUUGAGCCUCUCAAAUUUGAAAAUUUUUUGUUACUUGUUUUACAUCAUUAUCAUGAACCGAUAAUUAAAAUAAUCUUUAGUUGCAGCCCUACACAGAAAUCUGCAUGAGCUGCAAGGUUGCUGUAGAAAUGUGCUCAAUGGACAAUGAGCCAUUUGUACUUUUAAAGAAAUAAGAGGAGCACUUAACUUAAAAACACAAAGACCUUAUUUUUCUGAUUUGUAUUAAAUUGUUUUUAUCACCCCUUUUAUGGUUACAGAUUUAGAGUGUUAAUAGCAGAAGAAAUAAAGGUGUUUUAUUUGUUAGUUAAACCAGACUCAUUGAGAUCUUGCCAUCUUUACUUUUUAAAUGAGUUUUAUUGUUCUUUUGCUGUUGUUUUGUUUUUUGAGGAUUUGUUUUUUCUCCAUAUUGUUGCAGAUUGAACUUUUGUAUACAAGGCACACAUUUGACUCUCAGGCACCAGCCCUUUUACUUUUUAAGAACUUGAUUAAAUUAAUUAAAUAAAUAACGUGGCUCCUGAA